GGCGGAUGCGCCGUCGAGGCGGGGCGCCCCCUUUGUCUGGGUGCGUUGCGGGCGUCAGUCUCUUCGCGCGUGAGCCUGCGGCGUGGAAGCCCCACAGGCUCCUCUGACUUCCAUCUUCCUCAGAAACCUCGGGAUCAGGGAUGGCAGCGGCCAGGCUCCUGCCACCACCGGCAGGACCCCAGCCCCUGUCAUUCCAGGCCAAGGUGACCUUUGAGGAUGUGGCCGUGCUCCUCUCCCAGGAGGAAUGGGACCGCCUGGGCCCUGCUCAGCGGGGCCUCUACCGACACGUGAUGAUGGAGACCUAUGGGAACGUGGUAUCCCUGGGACUUCCAGGAUCAAAGCCCAAUGUGAUCUCUCAGCUGGAGCGAGGAGAAGAGCCAUGGGUCCUGGAUGGGCAAGGGGCUGAGGAGUCUAGGGGCCUGGGGAGUGGCCAUUCAGACAACUACAAACAUGACCACAUGACAGCUCGUAUGCGACAAGACAGUUCACCCUGUCCGUGGGAGUAUGAAAACAAGGGAGAGAGCCAAAAUAGGGAUUUGAGCCUGAAGCCGUUCACUUCAGAGGAAGUAUCAGUGCUUCUGGGGGAAACCUCCACGGGAUGGAUUGAUCAAGGACGUUACGAACGUGAGCAGAGCUUCUGUGUGAGUGCAAGCCCCGCCGGCCGGCCCGCAGCUCAGGUCCUGAGUCAGAGCGUGCCUCUCCCUCAGCAUCAGGCUGUUCCCAGUGGCGAGAGACCCUACAAGUGCACCGACUGUGGGAAGUGCUUUGGCCGGAGCUCCCAUCUGCUGCAGCAUCAGAGAACCCACACCGGAGAGAAGCCCUACGUGUGCGGCGUCUGUGGGAAGGCCUUCAGCCAGAGCUCCGUCCUCAGCAAACACCGGAGGAUCCACACGGGCGAGAAGCCCUACGAGUGCAACGAAUGCGGAAAAGCCUUUCGGGUGAGCUCGGAUCUCGCUCAGCACCAUAAGAUCCACACGGGCGAGAAGCCCCACGAGUGCCUGGAGUGCCGGAAGGCGUUCACGCAGCUCUCGCACCUCAUCCAGCACCAGCGGAUCCACACCGGCGAGCGGCCGUACGUGUGCCCGCUGUGCGGCAAGGCCUUCAACCACAGCACGGUCCUGCGCAGCCACCAGCGCGUGCACACCGGCGAGAAGCCGCACGAGUGCGCGCAGUGCGGCCGCGCCUUCAGCGUCAAGAGGACGCUCCUGCAGCACCAGCGCGUGCACACGGGCGAGAAGCCCUACACGUGCAGCGAGUGCGGCCGCGCCUUCAGCGACCGCUCGGUGCUCAUCCAGCACCACAACGUGCACACCGGCGAGAAGCCGUACGAGUGCGGCGAGUGCGGCAAGGCCUUCAGCCACCGCUCGACGCUCAUGAACCACGAGCGCAUCCACACGGAGGAGAAGCCGUACGGCUGCUACGCGUGCGGCAAGGCCUUCGUGCAGCACUCGCACCUGACGCAGCACCAGCGCGUGCACACCGGCGAGAAGCCGUACGUGUGCGGCGAGUGCGGGCACGCCUUCAGCGCCCGCCGGUCCCUGGUGCAGCACGAGAGGAUCCACACCGGCGAGAGGCCGUUCCGCUGCGCGCAGUGCGGCAAGGCCUUCAGCCUGAAGGCGACCCUGAUCGUGCACCUGCGGACGCACACCGGCGAGCGGCCCUACGAGUGCAGCCGCUGCGGCAAGGCCUUCAGCCAGUACUCGGUGCUCAUCCAGCACCAGAGGAUCCACACGGGCGAGCGGCCCUACGAGUGCGGCGAGUGCGGCCGCGCCUUCAACCAGCACGGGCACCUGAUCCAGCACCAGAAGGUGCACCGGAAGCUGUGACGCCCGCCGGCGCCGGGAGCCGCCGCCCUGAGAAGCUUCUGGCCGCUCGGCCGGGUGCGGGUCUUCGGCGGUUCGGUGUCCCGAGCACACGUUCCCGUGGAAGAACCAGAGGACGCCCGUUCUGUUCAGCGCCACGUCCUGAAGUUCGGCUGCACAGCAAUCGCACAGUCGUAGUGGGUUUCAUUCUUCCUUAACGUGAGACCGUGUUUGAAGGAAGUUAAGACUUAAGGAUUUCUUACAUUCUAAAUGAAGGUUUUUCUUAGAACGUGCCAUGCCUUUCCUAAAAACAGUUAUUCCAAUUAUUGCACAUAAACUUGAAUUGGAUUAUUUGCAGUAUUCUGUUAGACCACUGCAGUGUUGUGUGGAUAAAAUGACAUAAGAAAAGAUGGUUAUCAAGUAAUAUGGCUAGAAAUCCUGAGCGUGUGGAGCCACUUGUUUUGCGUGAACAAAGGAAAAGGUCAAAGGAUUAGUGAGCAAUGAUGUAAACUUAGAAAACACUUCAUCUGGUGUUUGAACUUUAUUCAAGAUCAGAAGGGAUGUCUUACCUUUUUAAGUGAAAAUUCAACUCAAAAAUGGAUCUUUGCGGGCGCCUGGGUGGCUCAGUUGGUUAAGCGACUGCC